UUCCAAAUGAGCGGUGCCUGCUGGCUCGGGCUGGGUGCCUUCUGGCGUUUGUUGUGUCGGCGACUUCGUGGGAUCAAGGACAAUGGUCCGCAAACUGCACAAGAUGGAGUUGUUUCCUUCGGAGGUCCUCCGGUCGGUUCAGCUCCAGAGGUGAAACCCAACGUGGACUAUUCACGCUUCGAACGCCUGGUCAAAGAUACUGAGGCUGAGGAAGUGGGGAUCUCUGUGGCGGUGUGUGGUCGCAAGGGCUGGAACAGCGAGGCUGUGAAUGGAGUCUAUGUCUUGGAUGGCACGUUAAAUGGUUUUCCUCGGCUGAGAAAGCGUGAUGGGAGCAGAUGGUUGAAAUUUACGGAUGAGAAGUGGAUGAUCUCCAGGUAUUUGGAUGGCCGGCCACUGGGUGAAGCUUUUGCAGAACCUCAUCCGACACACAGAAGCGACCCGAAAUCGAUUCCCGGUCCUUGGUUCGUUUACUCCAAGGACAUGAAAUGGGAGGAAGACCAUCUCAUCUCAGUGACACCUUCUGAGUGUGCUGGAUGUGGAAAAGCGAUUCAGCCGCAACGGAUUCAAAGAUGCAGCCAAUGCCGUGCAGUCAGCUACUGCGAUCACACGUGUCAGAAGGCAGACUGGCGCUUUCACAAGAGAAUUUGUCGACAGCCGGAUGAAGGAGCGUGCCAUCUGAUCCAACAAUCGGAAGAGCAGGACACAUUGUCUUCUUGCUCUGUCCCAAAAUGUGUAGAGACGAAAGCUGCUAUUUGUGCCUCCAGUGGAACAAGUCUUGCAGCGAAGGGGCUCAAAUUCCGUCGACAGAAUUGGGAGGAGCGUGACCUCUUGCCCUGGGCGAAACGUCGACUGGAAGUUCUUUUGGAAGGCCCUGAAGAACGAGAAGGACUUCCAUCGCUUCGGGUGGAUUGUGCAGGUGGAGGCCAUGUGGAGGUCACUGGGGUGAAGGAGAUUGAUGGCUUGGCUUCCCUCUGGCCCAAUCAAGGAGACAGACGUCAUUUGUUCGACCUCUCCUUUCAGGUCGUUUUCAAGGCCUUUUGGCUGUCGGACUUCGCAAUGAUGUCGAUGGAUGGCUCCGUGUCCUUCCACGACUUCACCACAAAUCUGGUGAAGGAUCCCAAGGCUUUCGUGUGUGGCAUGUCCGUUGACUUCGCCAAGGGCAGCGAGUCCUGCCUCGAUGCGCACCGAACAGCUAUGCAAACAACAAUUUCUCCAGCUUCCAGAUCUGCAAUCCAGGAGGCUUUGGGAGCAAAUGCCUGGGCAAUCUCCAGAGGCCAUGGUUUGAUGCAUUUGGUACAUCUCCGACUCCGACACUUUGUGGAUGAAUUUGAAGCAAAGUGAGCUCUGAGAAAAAAUGUGUACAGAAUAAACUU